AUGAACCGCCACGCCACCACCACCACCACCACAACAAGCCACACAGCAGGCUAUGCUGACAACGAAACGCAUCUCGACGUGCUCGUCAUCGGCGCAGGCAUUUCUGGCGUCAACGCCGCCUACCGCGUACAAACCGAAUUGCCCACCUCUUCGUACGCCGUGCUCGAAGGCCGCCACGAGCUCGGCGGCACCUGGUCGCAGUUCAAGUACCCUGGCGUGCGCUCCGACUCGGACCUUCACACGCUGGGCUUCAAGUUCAACCCAUGGAAGGCGCGGAAUCCGAUUGCCACCGGCGACAACAUCCUCGCAUAUCUGCAGGAGACGGUGCAGAAGUUCGACAUUGCACCGCGCAUCCGCUACAACAGCAAAGUCGCCUCGGCCGACUGGCGCUCCGAGCAGCAGCGAUGGCAGGUGCAAGUCGACGUUGGCCGCGGCGAGGGCGAGAAGAAACGAGUCGUGUACUGGGCCAAGUGGAUGAUUCUCGGCACCGGCUACUACAGCUAUGAGAAGCCCAUGUUUGCACACAUCCCCGGGCUCGCAGACAACUUCAAGGGCCAGACGAUCCAUCCGCAGUUUUGGCCCGAGGAUCUGGACUACAAGGGCAAGAAGGUCGUGGUUAUUGGGAGCGGCGCCACCGCUAUUACGCUGCUUCCUGCGCUGGUCGACGGCGGGGUCGGCCAUGUCACGCAGUUGCAGAGAAGCCCGUCGUACAUCAUGGGACUGCCGCAGCCAGGCAACAACUCGACGCCGCCGCUCUGGCAGAGGUUGCUGCCGCAGUGGAUGGUGCUGAAGUGGAAGCGCUUCCAGUUUACACUUGUCCCAAUCCUGCUCUACUAUUUCUGCAUCCACUUCCCCAAUCGCGCCGCCGCUUUUAUCCGGGGCGCCGCGAAAAAGCAACUCCCCCCCGACUUCCCCAUCGACCCACACUUCAAGCCAGGAUACAACCCGUGGGAACAGCGUCUGUGUCUGUGCCCAGACGGCGACUUUUUCAAAUGCUUCAACAGCGGACAAGCCAGCAUCGUAACCGACACCAUCAAGUCCGUCGUCAGCGAUGGUAUCCUUUUGAACAGCGGCGAGAAGCUCGACGCAGACAUCAUCAUCACGGCCACCGGGCUGAACCUGCGGUUCCUGGGCGGUAUCGAUCUGGCCGUCGACGGCAAAAAAGUCGACGUACCCAGCGAGUACAUGUGGCGCUUCGCCAUGCUCUCCAACGUGCCCAACAUGGGCCAGAUCAUCGGCUACUGGAACGCCUCAUGGACGCUGGGCUCCGACACUGCAUCACGCCUCUUCACGCGCGUAAUCAAACACAUGAAUGAAAACGGAUACACGGCUGCCAUCCCCUCCAUCUCCGAGGAAGAGAAGAAGGACCCUCUGAACAUCAGCCCCUUGAGCAGUACCUACGUCAAGAGCAGUCUGAGCAAGAUGCCAAAGUGUGGAAACUCGGGACCCUGGACGCCGAGGGAGUAUUACUUCAAGGAUAGCUGGAAGGCGGAGCAUUGCGAUUUGAACGAGGGGAUGCGCUUUGAGAAGGUUAGCACGUGA